UCUGAAAUAGUUUUUUAACUUUCAGAAAUAGAUCAUGAAGAUCAUAUUAAAGGUAUUUUGAAAAAAAGAAAUGAUAAAUCAGUCAUUGUUAAUAAAGAAAAUGUUGGACCAUCUCAAAGUAUUGUUUCCAGAAAACAAAGUGAAGAGAGUGUUACUUCAUGUGAAUAUAUUACACCACCAUCACAUUUAUCUGCUGAGAAUAAAUCAUUUGAGGAUAUGCAUUCUUCAAAUAAUCCUGAAUGGAAAUGUGCUCUAUUCAGUAUUAAUGAAAAUGAGUCUGAAUUCAAGAAUGAAUUAAAUAAUGAAAUAAAAUCAUCAAAUGACAAUCAGAAAAAUUUAAUCAAAUUAAAAAAUUCAGAUAAAAAUAAACAUUCUUUUCAUUCAAAAUGCAGUAGUAAAAUUCCUAAAUUACAGAAAAAUAUUAAAUGUCUUCAUCACAAUAAUGUAGAAGAAAAACAGUCUCAUGGUAUUCAUGAUAUAAAUAUCAUUAAAAAUGCACAUGUAACUUUAAAAAUAAAUAUACAACAGAAAAAUUCAAAAAAUUUGAACGACCCUAUCAUUAAAAUUAAAGAUCCUUUAAAUUCAAAAGUCAUUUUGAAAAAGAAUAAAGAAAAUCAGAUAAAAUGUUCUAUAAUUCAAAACAGAAAUGUAUUACAAACUAAAAAUCAAAGUCUGACAAAGAGGCCUAUAGAAAAAAAUAUUUUAAGAAAUAAAAAUGCACAGAUUAUUAACAAAGAAAAUCUUACUGGAAAAUCUGUGCAACAAAAUGUCAUGAAGAAAGAAAUGAUAAAAAAUACCAGAAAACAAAAUCUUUCAAAUAAAUCCAAGCUACAGAAUGCUGCUGUGAAGAAUUUACAAAGUACUAAAUUGAAUAUAAUAAUAAACUCUACACAGCAAAACAUUUCAGAGAGAAAAUUUUUACAAAAUAAUGAUCAAAAAAAUUUUGGAAAGAAUCAUAUACAACAGAAUAACACAAACAAAAAAAUUGUGCAAAGGAAAAAUCAGGAAAAUGUGAUAAAGAAGAAUAUCCAAGCUGUCUCAAGACAGAAAGUUGAACAAAAAGAUAACCAAGGAAGUUUAGGAAAAAUGCAUACACUGCAAAAUUCCAAUAAGUUAGAAAAAAAUGUUGCAAAAACUAAAAUGAAGACAAAUGAGGAAAGUAAUGUAAGAAGCUUAAGUAAUUUACAAAAGACUAAAGCUUCAAAUUAUCCAAAAAGAUCUAAAAUAAAUACUCCUGAAUGUUUGAAAAGAUCACAAAAUACUAAUUUAAAGAAACACAUCAAGUCAACAGAAGAAUUAGAAAUAGAAAAAAUAACAAGUCUAAGAAAAGAAUUGGAAGAUCAUAGGAGACUUUCAAGGAUGUCUAUGCUAAAAGCAAUUUCUGGACAAUCAGUUCAUCCUAAAAAAGAGAAAUUACUUGAAAUAGUGAAGCAGCCUUAUCUUCCCAAAAAAGAAAAUAUAAAAGCUAAAUUUAAAUUGCCAACGAUAUCAAAUGCCCCUUCCAGUUUCUUGUUAAAUUAUCAACAAAAGCAAUAUGUAUCCAAAACUUCAACAAUGCAAUCAUUUAUUACUUCAAAUAAGAAUACUCAUAUAUAUAAAACAGGAAAUGAAACUGAACUUCUUAAGAAAUAUAAUAUAAAAGAUUCUAAAAAUGUAUUGACUUCUCUUCCAUUAUCUGACCAAGUGUUUUACUAUCAGAAACCGAUAAAUAUCUUUCAUAAAUUGAAUGAUACUAAAAGGAGAAAGAAAAUAGAACUGCCACUUCAUAAUUCAGAUCUGAAUAUUUUAAUUUAUGAAAAGUCAAUAAUUUGAAAACUUAAUGUAACAAAUUUAUAAUUUUUCUUCAUGAUCAAAAAAGAGAACCAACUUUAAUAAAUUAUUAAUUAAAUUACUCUAUAGUUAAUUUAUUCAUAAUCUUAUUCUAUUAUAUUAAUAAUUUAAAUAUAUAUAUUUAAUUAUUCAUGUGAAAAUGAAUGUAUAAACAUGAGAAGUUGUGAGAACUACUUUUAAUAUAUAAAUAUUUUCUAAUUUUAAUUACUAUGGACAAAUUGGAUAAAUUAGCAUUUUUAAUUUUUAAUGUAUGAUUGAUUUAAUUACAA